AUGCUUCCUCCACGAAGCAUGCGUUCACGUUCCAAAAGUUCCGAGGACACGUUGACCUCUUCAGCAGCACACUCAACUGUCACAGCUCAUAAUUGCUGUAAGAGUGAACAAUUUCUGGCCGUACCAGGAGCUGUAACGGCCCUUGAGCUGCAAUUGAGACGCCAUCAGGGCAAUAAUCCGCUUGGAUCGAGUCCUUGCUCAGGCUCUGUGGCUAGCCAAAUUAGUCGAAUUUCCAGCAGAUGGGAGCGUAUGGAGUCCGGCGAAAUCCUUGACAAUGGAAGUCCGAGAGAUGAAUCACCCAAUAACAUCAGUCGAGUGGGUUCAUUGCUCAACGUUCCAUCGAAUAGAUUGUAUAGCCGAAACCCGACCUCUUGUAUGUGUCGUUGA